AUGAACAUGCUUUCUUCCUCCUUCAAGCGUUUGGCUGCCUUUCUCGCCACUCUUUCUGUCAUGACCAGCGUCAUGGCAGCCCCAUUCGAGGCCCCCGUCGAAACCCGAGACCUGACCCGUCGCUUGGUCACCGGUGCUCCUCGUUUUGUCGUCUACCAGGAUGCUUGGAUCAAUGGCGAAACUGGUCCUCCCGCGGUGUCUGAAAUCACGGGUUUCAACGUCUUUGCCAUGGGUUUCUUGUUAUCUUCUGGAGGUGCUGAUCAGGUAAAGGAAUGGGAGAGUCUCUCUGCGUCUCAGCGCUCCACAAUCAAAUCUCAAUACAACUCCGCCGGUAUUGCUCUGGUCGCGUCUGCUUUCGGAGCCACUGAUAAACCUACUAGCGCCGGAGAAUCCGCGACAUCCCUCGGCACGAGCAUGGGUCAAUGGGUCUUGGACAACGGCGUUGAUGGCCUUGACAUCGACUACGAAGACCUCGACGCCUUCAACGCCGGCACUGGAAGUGCUGAGAACUGGCUGAUCUCCUUCACCCAGACCGUCCGCUCUAAGCUCCCUGUGGGUCAAUACAUCGUCACUCACGCUCCUUUGGCCCCGUGGUUUUCUCCCAACAAGUGGGGUGGCGGAGGGUAUUUGAAGGUCCACCAGAGCGUUGGCAGCCAAAUCGACUGGUACAACAUCCAGUUCUACAACCAGGGCUCCGAUUAUACUACGUGCGCUGGUCUUGUCACCGCCUCUUCGUCAACCUUCCCCGAGACCGCCAUUCUCCAAAUCGCGGCAAAUGGUGUCCCAUCCAACAAGCUUGUCAUGGGAAAACCCGCUACCACUGCUGAUGCGUCUACCGGCUAUAUCGAUCCCGCUACCCUCGCCACUUGUGUUGCCCAGGCAAAGAACGCUGGAUGGAACGGCGGUGUCAUGGUUUGGCAGUACCCCGACGCUACCGCCUCCUGGAUCAAAACCGUCCGUGGCUCAGCUUUCCCCAUCAGUGGUGGUGGUGGUGGUUCUCCGACUACCACUUCCCCGACCACUACUAGCACUGGCUCCAGCGGCUCCGGCUGUAGUGGUGUCUCUUCUUGGAGCCGCACUGUCGCAUAUGUCGGCGGUGACAAGGUCUCUUACAACGGCCACCUUUGGACCGCGAAGUGGUGGACUGAGGCUGAUACUCCCGGUGGAGCCGCCGGUGUCUGGACUGACGAUGGCCCAUGCUCUUCCGCCGCUGCCACAGGUCUCACCUCCGUCACCAUUACCUCCGCCUCCCCUGCUCUCACCGGUCCAGCUAACCCACCUUUCGAGUUCCUUCAUGGAGCUGCUGCCGCCCUCCCCAUCGACACGGAUGCCAUUAGCCCGAUCUCAUCCGUUCCGGUCCCCACUUCAUCCACGGCGUCCGUCUCUUUCAAUUCUACGGUGUCUGCGUGGCCGACCGCGUCUGUUUCGGCUACGGUCUCUGCUUGGAACGCGACCUCCACAUUCUGGACGGCAUCGCCCUCUGCGACGGCCAAUACUUCGGUUCCAGCCUUCACUUCCGCGACGGUAGCUGCUUAG